UUCCGGAUAAUGGCGAAGAUGGUGAGAAGAACAUGUGCGUUUUGUCCAGAAGGGGAGUCUGGUUCUGUAAUGUAUAUUGCCAAAGAGCGAAAUAUUGCAGCUCAUCAGGAUUGUCUGUUAUUUUCCUCAGGAUUUGUGGAAUCUGAAGAGUAUAACCCAGAUAAUCUGGAUAUAAGGUUUGAUGUGACAUCAGUGUUGAAAGAAGUCAAGAGAGGAAAGCGGCUGGUGUGUAACUUCUGUCGCAAGAAAGGAGCCACUGUGGGAUGCGAGGAAAGAGCCUGUCGCAGAAGUUAUCACUACUUCUGUGCGCUGUGCGAUGAUGCAGCAAUAGAAACAGAUGAAGUAAAUGGAGUCUACCGAGUGUUCUGCCCAAAACAUGACCCAGGCAAUAGGACCAAUCACUAUGAUGCAGCUAGUAAGAGGAGAAGACGACAUGCAUUGAAAUCUUCCACCAUCACAGAACAAAUGAGCACAGAAGAGACAGCAGAAGAAAACAGUUUACGAAUACUAAAAAGGAAAAACAACAGGCAGAAAGUCCGAAUAGACUUUCUGAGGAAAUGCAAGCAAGCCGGGCUUCUGGAUGACAUAUUUGAAGAAAUGCUGGACACGCUUCACCUUGCGCAGGAAAAACUGAUGGAUGACAACACUUCAGAAACAGAGUAUGAAGAGACAGUAAUGUCACUCUUUGACUGUGGACUGUUUGAAAAUAUACUGACAAAUAUUCAUUCAGGAACAGAGGAAAAAAUCCAGGAACUUCUGGAAAGCAGAAGACAACUGGAUAACAAGAUUGAGCUACUGCAGGACUUGAAAGAAGUUGUCCUUCCUCCCCAAGAGAACACUGCUAGUACAUCUAGUACAGUGUCCGAAUAA